AUGGCGACAAUAACAGUUGUCGUCAAGCAUCAUGGCAAAAAGCACGAGGUCGAGGUCGACCCGAGCUCCACCGGAGAAGAUUUCAAGCUCCAGCUUUUCAGCCUUACCAACGUCGAGCCCGACCGGCAAAAGGUCUUCAUCAAAGGGGGGCAGCUCAAGGAUGACGCCGACAUGGGCAAGCUCGGCCUCACGGCCGGCCAGAACAUCAUGAUGAUGGGCACUCCCAGCUCGAGCGGUCGCGAUCUUGUCCGUCCGAAAGAGAAGAUCAAGUUUGUCGAGGACAUGACCGAGGCAGAACAGGCGCAGCAGGUCGGCGCCACCCCCGCAGGACUCGUCAACCUCGGCAACACCUGCUACUUGAACUCGACGCUUCAGACUCUGCGCUCCAUCCCCGAGCUCCAGACGGCCCUGACCAAGUACUCGCCCGGCCCUUCGGGUCCCUUGGCCGGCACGGCGCAAAUGGACUUGGCCGCCCAACUGUCGAGCUUGUACACCAAAAUGGGCCAGACGCAAGAGGCCUUUCCCCCCAUGAGCUUCCUGAACGCCCUGCGAGCCGUCUUUCCUCAGUUUGCCGAAAAGGCAAAAUCCAACAACGGCUACGCGCAGCAGGACGCUGAGGAAGCCUGGUCCCAGAUUGUCCAACAAUUGAGUCAAAAAGUAAAGGUCAAGGACUCGGCAGACGCCCCCGAGGCCUCGUUUGUCGACAAGUACAUGUCUGGCGAGUUUUCCUCGACAAUGGAGUGCGAUGAGGAAGAGGCCCGCAACGGCGGCGAGAAGGCCGUCAUCGCCAAGGACGGCUUCUUCAAGCUCAACUGCCACAUUGACGGCUCGACAAACCACCUGCGAGACGGCAUCAUGGCUGCGCUGAGCGAAAAGCUCGAGAAGAAGUCGGAGGUGCUCGGCCGCGAUGCCACGUACACCAAAAAGUCCAAGAUUUCCCGGGCCCCCAAGUAUCUGACAGUCCACUUUGUGCGAUUCUUUUGGAAGCGAGAGACGCAGAAAAAGGCCAAGAUUAUGCGAAAGGUGACGUUUCCUCAAGAGUUGGACAUUGUCGAGUUUUGCUCCGAGGAGCUGAAGAAGGCGUUGAUACCCGUCCGCGACAAGGUGCGCGAGAUACGAAAGGACGAGGAGGACAUUGAGCGCGCCCGCAAGCGCCGGAAGAAGAAUCAUGAGCAGAACGUCGCCGAUAUUCCCGGGGGUGCCGGACUGCCCUCGGACAAGGCCGCCAAGGCGCAAGACAAGCCCGGGACGGACAAGAAGACUGACAAGUCGAGCGACGGCGACGCAAUCAUGGGCGAGACGUUCAAGACGGAUGCUGAGAUUGACGCCGAAAAGGACGCCCAGGUGCUGGCGGCCAAGAAGGAGCUCAACGCCAUGAUUGACCCCGGACUGCGCGGCGACGACGGCGCCAACCAGUCGGGCAUGUACGAGCUGCGCGGCGUCGUGACGCACCAGGGGGCCAGCGCCGACAGCGGCCACUACACGGCCUACGUCAAGAAGACUGCGCCCGCGGAUCCCAAGACGGGCAAGAAGGGCGAAGAGGACGGCAAGUGGUGGUGGUUCAACGACGACAAGGUGUCGGAGGUGACGGUGGACAAGGUCGAGGCCCUGGCCGGCGGCGGCGAGUCGCACUCGGCGCUCAUCCUGCUCUACAAGGCCAUUCCGCUCCCGACGGCGGAGGGAGUCGUGGAGUAG